CGGGAUCUUGAAACGGACGCUGACCAGGAUCGCGGUCGACGAGCGUAGCGAUCCUCCAUUCGCGAAUAAGACCUCCGACAGCGACAUGAAGAUUGCUCCUGUCGUCGCACUGACGGUCAGUGCGCUCGCCCUCUCGGCGAUGGCCCAAGGUCGUGGCUACGGACGUGACGACGACUACACCGACGAUGGCUAUGGCCAAGUCGAUGGCUACGGCGAUUACGACGACAACUACGCGCACGACGAUGGGUAUGGCGGCGAAGAAGAAACCGGAUAUGGCGCGCCCGCGCAGGGCUACGGCGACGAGGAGGAAGACGCUGGCUACGGCGCGCCCAAGCCGCGCCGCUAUGGGCAACCCAGCGGCUACGGCGCACCCCAGUCGGACGGCUACGGCGCACCAAAGUCGGACGGCUACGGCGCACCAAAGUCGAACGGCUACGACGAGCCUACCAGUUACAAGAAGACCAAGAAGCCGGCUGGCUACGACGCGUACCCGGCGUCCAUGUACAAGAACUCGCCGUACCGGACUGACGACAAGAAGUACGUUGAGUACACGGACGGCUACGAGCCGCGCGCGCCCAAGGUAGACGCCCCGUUUCCGACGAUCACGCUUGAGGACGAGCCGCCGCUCAGUUUGCCGCCGCUCGACACGUUCCACUGUUUCUUGAGCGGCGCGCCGUGGACCAACUGCGGAGGUCGGUCGUUGCGCGACUACUUCUUGGACCAGUGCUUCUCCAUGUACUACGCCAUGACGACGGCGGCUGACGGCAUUUGCUCGGGCAAAGUCGAGCCCAAGGGCAGCGACGCGUUCUACCACGGGUACGGCACGGCCGAAGACCACGACGGGACGCGCGGCUAUGGAUACGGUCGCAGCCGGUCGGUCCUCGCCGAAACCGAAGAAGGCUACAGCAAGCCCCAGCCCAAGCCAAAGGGGUACGGGAAGCCGACCAAGAAGCCGCAAGGCUACAAGGCGCCAGCGACGCAGGCGCCACCGAAAGCCAACUACUGCGAUGCGUACCAGGAGGAGAAGUGCCUCCAGAGCCAGUACACGUCGAUCACGCUUGCGACGGUCCAGUGCCUCACGGAAAACACGGUGCGCAUUCUCUUCAUCGAGCGGUAUGCGGCGUCGGCGGCUGUCAACCCCAUUGAGGGACCGGUGUUGUACCUCAAGAAGCUCCACCAGUUCAUCAGCAGCGUCAUUGCGUGCCAGCCCGACAAGAUUGCCAACUACCCGACGCUGUGGCGCCGGUCCGGCAACUACAACCCGACGGCGCCGUACUCGGUGUAUGGCGGGAGUGCGUACCGUGUGCAGCUGCCGCGCUGCACGUCCAACGCGGCGACGGGCUGGGACACGUCCGAGACGAACGCCCGCUUCCACUGUAACAACGUCGAGGAUCUCCUCUUGAGCAACCCAGCGCUCGGUUACUUCCCGUACCAGCGCGAUGCUGGCGACAUCACGUACAGCCUUCGAGCGCUCAAGCAGUGCAAGACGUCGGCGGCCGUCGACACGGCCGGUGUCGGGUACCUCGUCAAAAAGUGCUUGUUCCACACCAAUUUGGCCGAGGAAGACAACCAUGGCCAGGACUUGUCGCCGCUGCUGUGGACCAACCCGGACACGCUCUUUGGGCUCCUCGACGGCCAAAACACGAUCACGAACCGCAACGACGCGACGCUCCGUGUCCGCACGAUCGCUGAGAUUGCGGCCAACAACGGCGGCCUCGCCAAGCAGCCGAUCCUCGAAGGCAACGGCGUGUUGUACUUUUGCGCCUUUUACGCCUGCCGCGCCAACAACGGCGGCGACGCGUCAAGCUGCUUCCCGGGCGUCUCGCGCAGCGACUGGGACCUUCUGAGCUCCAACUACUGGGUGCCGACGUGGAACGACCUCACGACCGAGAUCAACGAUUGCGUUGCCAACAAGUACUUGACGCCCCAAGACGUCAAGGACGUGUCCAAGCCGCUUCUGGACGAGCUGCACCAGCGCACGCACAUUUGCAUGGCCGAGAACGAGAUUGUGAGUUUCUACAACAAGAUCAACGGCGCGUUCGACCCGAAGGUGCAAGAUGGACACAUCGUCUUCCUCCGCCGCCUCGCCAACGAAAAGUGCUUUCUCGAGUCGCAAGGCGACUGCCGGUCCAACCAAGAUCUGUACUCGGACCUCUUCAACAUCCUCAAGACGCUCCACAACCGGUGCCUCUCGGUCAAGUUUGCGACCCAGGACGCGGCCUCCGAGCCCGAGCCGUACGCCGACGAGUACGACGACGGGUAUGAUGGCGUGGUCGCGUAAGAUGCACGCGAUGCAACACGGACCGGGCCUGACAGUGCAUCCUCGCAUGCAGCUGUUCCCUCCAUCAACUGCCCAGUAGUUGUAGAAGCGCGUUGGUGGGUCUUGGUGACAGGCGCCAGUCCGCGUAGUAUUAUAGUGAUAUAAGCGUCGUUAACGUUGUGUUGCACAUGCUUUCUACAAA